AUGCGUACAUCACGCGCCUCCAAGGAAACGGCAAAGGUUCUGCAGGCCUUGUCGCCUCCUUCGCGUCGCCAAACGCGCAGCACGUCCCGUUCAGGCUUGCUCAGGGGAUUCGCGUAUAACGGAAAAUCGAACGGAGCAAAUCCGGUCAAGAAUGAAGAUGACAGCUCUUCUCUCUCAUCAGUUGAUACUGUCGACAUUGAAGAUAUCUUGGAACCGCCAACUAAACGACGCAAAACGAAAGCAAAUACUGCUGCCAAGGAAACUACAGACGCGUCGUCUUUAACGCCUGAUAACGUGGAAAAGCGCAUCAAGAGUGAAAGUGUGCCUCCCAAAGCGCGCCGAGCUCCUGCUCGGAAAAUCAAGAGUGAGGAUGGUUCUAUCGCCGUGGAGCCUCCAUCUAAUUGGGAAUCAAUAUACUCAGCCGUCAAGAAGAUGCGCGAAGAGAACCCGACGGCGCCUGUGGACACGAUGGGCUGUGCAGAGCUAUACUGGCGUGCGUCCUCUCCGCGAGAUCGGCGUUUUCAGACCUUGAUUGCACUGAUGCUGUCCUCCCAAACCAAGGACACAGUCACCGCAGUGGCGAUGCAGCGACUACACACCGAGCUGGGUGAAAAUGAUGGCCAAGCUAUCAAACAGGAAACAGGGGAGGGCAGCGAUUCAGCAUCUCAAUCCCUUCAAGAUAGCACGUUGAACUUGCAGAAUGUAUUAGCUGUCUCCCCGGAGCGGCUCAAUUCGCUCAUUGGUGCUGUAGGGUUUCACAACAACAAAACCAAAUAUAUCAAGAAGACAGCCGAGAUCAUUCGUGAUCAAUAUGAUUCCGAGAUUCCUUCCACUCCGGCCGAGCUGAUGAAACUUCCUGGCGUCGGCCCAAAGAUGGCGUAUCUAUGCAUGAGCGCAGCGUGGGGGAAGCACGAGGGUAUCGGGGUCGAUGUCCAUGUUCAUCGUAUCACCAAUCUAUGGGGCUGGCACAAGACGAAAACACCGGAAGAAACUCGCAUGUCGCUGGAAUCAUGGCUACCCAAAGACAAAUGGCACGAGAUUAAUAAACUGCUAGUAGGCCUGGGACAAACAGUCUGCUUACCAGUUGGUAGAAGAUGUGGUGAUUGCGAUCUUGCUGGGACGAAGCUGUGCAAAAGUGAAAUCAAAGGCAUGGCUCCCAAGUAUGGCAGUCGAGUUGUACCAAAGAAAGAGGAAAACAGCGCAGAAAGCUUCUCACUGGCAGACGAACCUAAGGUCAAAGUUGAGGGUGAGUAG